AUGUCGUCCGGACCCGAAACCGGUCUCCCUGAGGGAUGGGAGAUACGCCAUUCCAAUAGCAAGAACCUCCCCUACUACUUUCACCCCGCGACCAAAGAUUCGCGAUGGGAGCCUCCCGCGGGGACAGACCCGGACGCGCUGAAAAGUUUUAUGGCGAAGUACCAUAGCUCCAAGGGUGUCACACCGGCGAACCUCGCGAAUCAGGGCGACAAGAUACGCGCUGCACAUCUUCUCGUCAAGCACCGGGAUAGUCGACGACCGGCCAGCUGGCGGGAGCCGCGCAUCACGCGCUCCAAGGAGGAUGCGGUUGAGGCUAUCAAGGUGUACCUCGAGCAGAUAACGGCAUACGAAAACGACUCAAGCGACCCCAAUGGUAAAUCGCUAUCAGAGCUCGCCAUGACCGAGUCGGAUUGCAGCAGUGCGCGGAAGGGAGGAGAUUUGUGA